AACCAGAACAAUAUUUGGCAACGUUCUGACACGUAAAAAUGGCUGUCCCGAAAACAGAUGUUAAUUUGACAGCUCUCUACUCAGAAUUAAACAAAUUCGGUAAAAAUGGAGAUUACAGCCGUGCAAUCAAAGUUGCCAAGAAAAUCUUGCAAGAGGCCCCAGAUGAAGUGAAUGCACAGAAUUGCUUGGUUGUGUGCUACAUUCAAGAGUCGGAUUUUAAGAAUGGAUUGUCUACAAUCAACAAGAAUGCUGCUCUUUCAGACUCUAUGACAUUUGAGAAAGCCUACUGCCUGUAUCGCUUAAACAGAACUCAGGAAUCACUUGCUGUGCUUAACAAGGAGAACAACCCUGAAGCGAAGCAUAAGGAACUGAAAGCUCAGGUUUUGUACCGCAUGGAAAGGUUUGUGGAAUGUCUUGAAUUGUACAAAGAUUUAAUCAAGAACACUCAGGAUGACUAUGAGGCAGAACGUGAAACAAACUUGUCUGCUGUUGUUGCUUCUCUUAGUCUUGAAGGAACAAAAACAAGCCUACCCAUGUCAAGAGAUGACAGCUACGAGUUAUCUUACAACGAAUCUAUUCGUUUGCUUGGUGAAGGUAAAAACGCUGAAGCUGAGGCCCAGUUACGUAAAGCUGAAACUCUUUGUAGAAAAAGCCUAGAAGAAGAUGGAGCUACUGAAGAAGAAAUUGAAGACGAAUUAGCUCUUAUACGAGUUCAGUUGGGCUAUGCAACUCAACUUCAGGGUCGUACAUCAGAGUCGCAGCAAAUGUAUCAGAUGGUGCUUAAGCAAAAACCCAGCGACGUAGCACUGUCCGCCAUCGCUUCCAACAAUAGCGCUGUGAUUAACGGUGCACAGAACAUCUUUGACUCUCGCCGAAAACUGAAAAUGACUCGCUCCACGGUCGAAGAAAAUGAAGCCAAAUUCACGACAAGGCAAAAACAGGCUCUUGCUGUUAACCAAUGUCUCUUCUUGGGAGCAACAUCUCAGGCUGAACAGUGCCGGAAGGCCAUUGAAGAACUGAAGAAGGAUUACCCCGAAGGAAUUAUCGAAGUGUUGUUGCUACAAGCGACCUUGGAAUUUAAAGCCAAUCGUUUGGAAGAAGCUUUAGCGACUUUAGCUUCUUCAAAACCCGAUUCUGCUCUGACAGCCGGAUUGGCGGCUUUGCAGUUGCUCUUAGAAAAACGCGAAUUCGAUCGAGCUAUCACCCAUCUUGAACAGCUGUUGAAACAACACUUUCGUCUCGGACUUCUGGGGAGCUUGGUGUCACUUCAUAGUGCUCGCGGACAACGUGAUAAGGCUAUAUCUUUGGUCAACGAGGCCCUCGAUAAAUUUAACAAAACAAAGGCUGACAAUCAGGUUAAGUUAUUGCGCCAAGCCGCAGCUUUUCAUUUGAAAGGUGGUGAGCCAGAGAAAGCCGCUGCAUGCCUGGAGCAGCUUUGGAAACUGGAUUCAAAUGACACGGCUACCUUAGCUCGACUUGUACUCCUCUAUUCGCAGUUUGAUCCAGCAACAGCCCAGAAGAAAAGCCAACAACUGCCGCCUCUUGCAUUAGAUGCGGGUGUUGGCGCUCUCGAUGUUGAUGCCUUAGAAUCAGCUACGUGGGCUCUUGGAUUGAAACAUGCUCGUAAAGGACCCCCAACUGGUGGACCUACAUCACCUGGAUCAAUUGGUUCUAAGAAGUUGGACGAGAAGGCGUUGGCUAAGAAGAAACUUAAGAAGCGCAAGAAGCUCCCCAAGCGUUAUGAUCCUAAGGUGACACCCGAUCCGGAGCGUUGGUUACCUCGCCGUGAAAGAUCCACGUAUCGCCCGAAGAAACAGAGGGAUCGCCGGUACCGUGAUGCCCGACCAGAUGUUGGCAAAGGAACUCAGGGUAGUUCCGCUGCUAUGCAGGAAGCUGAAAAUAAAUUUGACAUGUCCAACGUAAAAGCGUCGGCUAAACCUGCCGCAGCUGCAGCAUCCAGCCCAACAACCAAGUCCAUACCGGCUGCAACUUCACAGAGAUCGAAACCAGGACAAGGGCAAAAGAAAAAGAAGCGAAGUGGAAAGUUUUGAAUCAACAUUUUUUUCGAUGGACGUUUCACAACUUUUUGAUACAUUAACGUGUAUUAUACAAGCUGAAACCUGUCUCACAUUAAUAAAAAGGGAAAUUUCCAUGGUA